AUGGUGACACACAGCUGGCGGAACAAGUUCACCUUUCUGCUUGCAGCUCUCAUUGCAGACGCGUUGAACAAUGAGAAGUAUGAUCACAUCGCCCAGCUACUUUCUACUCGCCAGUUUGGCAAGCUCGUCCAUGCCUUGAGCCGUGCAAGCAAGCUCGAUGCCGCCUACUGGAUUUGUGCGUUCUCGGUGAACCAGCACACUGGGAUUUGCGCCACACCGCCGCCCACAGACUCCACCGGACAAGCCAUCAGUCCAUGUUCUUGCUCCGUGCCGAAGCACUUCGAUGGAGACCUCAGCGAAAUGAACAAGUUUGACGACAUGAUGGCGUUCUUGAAGCGCGUCUUGCGACAGCGUGGCCAGGCAAAGCUGGAGCAGGUGGUGGCUCUGGAGAAAGACUUCUCCUUGCUGUCGCGUGUAUGGUGCAUCGCAGAGCUCGUCGAGGCCCAUGAGCUCCAUCUGCAGCAGGCCGUGAAGAUGCAUUCCUCGGCCUCCCGGGACCACUGCCUCGACCGACUCCUCAGCCUGGAUGUUACGCAAGCGGAAGCUUCCUUCCCAGCGGACAAGGACCUUGUGCUUGGAAAAAUUACGGACGUGGAUGCCUUUAACUCCGACUUGCAGAAGCUCCUACUACACCGUCUGGAGAGCUUCUUGCACAGCAACAGUGCGAAGUCUUGCGCGACCCUUGUGGACGAAGUGGUGCUGGCAACAGUGAAUGUGGUCAUUUAG